CUCUGGGUCAGGAAUCAGCCAAAAUGACCAGUGGAAUGCUCCUUUUCUGGAUGGUUAUUGAGCUCUAUCUGACCCAAGCCAUAUCAAAAACUGUGACAGGGUUUUUGGGUCACUCUGUACAGUUGCCUUGUUUCUACAGUGUUACAGAUAGACAGAAUCACGUGAUGUGCUGGGGAAAAGAUAAAUGUCCCAAUAACAAAUGCAAUGGAGAAAUUGUCAGGACUGAUGGAAGACGAAUGACAUGGUCAAAAUCUUCAAAAUAUCAACUUCAAGGAAAUAUUGGGAGAGGUGAUGUGACCCUGACAAUCAAAAACACAAAUAUUGGUGAUAGUGGCACAUAUUGCUGCCGGAUAGAGGUGCCUGGGUGGUUUAAUGAUAUCAAAAAGGAAAUAGUUCUGCGGCUAGAGAAAGGUCCAACCCCAACUACUCACCGGACUACAACUACUCAUCUGACUACAACUCAGCCAGCUACAACUACUCAUCUGACUACAAAUCAGCCAACUACAACUACUCAUCUGACUACAAAUCAGCCAACUACAACUACUCAGUUGACUACAACUCAGCCAGCUACAACUACUCAGUUGGCCACAACUCCUCUUCCUGAUAUAACUGUUCAUCAGGCUACAACAACUUGUCCACCUACAACAGCCACAACAGCUCUCCAAAUAACCACUUCAUUUAUUCCUAACCUAACGACUAUAAUGACGCACCAGUUGACUUCAGUCACUCUGAAAUCAACAACAGCAACUCUUCCUCUAAAAUCUACUUCAAAUCAAGUUACAGCUCCAACAUUGAGCCCUCUCCCAUUGACAGAAGUUGCUCCUGGGACUACAGAAACAAGUUUUCAGCAAAAUGAUUCUGAAUUCGAAAAGGUAACAGCUUUUGGAGAUCCUGAACUGCUGAUGAUCAUUGUCCCAUUGGUGGGGUUUGUUAUCCUCCUGAUGCUACUGGCUUUUAUUUUGAGAGGUAAAAUCAUAAGAAAGAAUUAUUCAGAUGCACACAAAAGGAUAAAUAAUGCUGGAGAAGUUAACAAUACUCUUAGCAUCCCGCCUGGUAGGACAGAGGAAGAUGAAGAAGGACUUUUCACCCUCUGAUAGCUUUUAUUUGGAGAAAUAUAAAUGUGCAUGUGUGAUAUAUAUGUCUGAUAAUAAAUUGAUUUAAGUACACUUUAAAAACAUACCAGAAUUAAAUGAAUAUCAAUUAUUUCAAA